UCAGCCAGAUAUCACCAGCUUGACAAAGAUGGAGCUCUGGUCGGAUGCAGCUUCCCAAGUUCUAUAUUCUCUCGGAACGUGUACUGGAGGACUUACAGCUCUCAGCGCUUACAAUAAAUAUAAUCAUAACUUUUUCAGAGACUCCAUAAUAUUGACAGCAGCAAAUGCGGGAGCAAGUUUUAUAUCAGGAUUUGCCAUUUUCUCAGUACUAGGAUUUUUGGCUCACACGAAGAACACGACCGUUGCUGAAGUUGCCGAAUCUGGACCAGGACUAGUAUUUGUUGCAUAUCCCACAGCGCUCUCCUUGCUUCCACUGCCUCAGUUUUGGAUUGUAUUAUUUUUUCUCACAUUGAUAUUUUUGGGAUACGAUAGUUUGUUCGUCUUUCAAGAAACAUUCAUGUCAUGUGUGAAAGACAUUUUUCCACAAUUGUUCCGAAAGAAAUAUUCAAAUGAGAUGAUGAUCGCAAUCGUAGCCGUAAUAAUGUACCUUGUCGGACUUCCCAUGACUACACGGGGUGGAAAAUACGUAUUGAACAUUUUCAAUUCAUACUCGGCCAGUGGAUGGUGCUUGUAUUUCAUGGCGUUCAUUGAGAUGAUCUCUAUUGGUUGGGCUUAUAUGGAGGAGACAAAAUGCUUGAUAAUAUAAAACGUAUGAUCGGAUUUAAUGUACCCCGAUUGUGGAUGAAAAUUACAUGGAAGUACAUCGGACCAUGUGCAAGCUUGGUAUUGAUGAUCAAUUCAUUAGCAUUAUACGAACCUCUUAAAUACGACCAGAACUACGUGUAUCCCGUUUGGGCGAACGCAUUGGGAUGGAUGACUGCACUCAAUUCCAUAUUGUGCGUUCCAAUCUUGGCAAUUUUCGUGCUGUGGAAAGCAAAAGGAAAUACAUUUCUGGAGAAACUUCGUUCGGCUAUUGUACCGAAACAGUUUUAUAACAGAAGAGAGAUUUCUAUCAACGAAGAACUUGAACUGAAAGGAUCCCUCAGUUUAUCUUGUCAGAACGACGAUCAAGCUUGAUUAGUGUUUAUUGGCUUAUUCAUCCACUUAACAGAAUUCAAUAUUAUUUUUCUUUUGGAUUUUAAGCGUGGAGUGAUAUUGUGUAUCAAGUAUGUCACGUAGCAUCCACUUGCCACGCACUUGAACGACCCAUAGUUCUACGUUAUGGUAGAUAUGAAUUCUGGGACACAAAUGGUUAAUAGGUAAGCAUAUGCAAUGGCGUUCAUGCCAAGUUCUGGACUGAGAAGUAGGUUAUGAUACUCAUAUAAAUUUAGAUUUAUACAAUUGGAACAAGUGUGAGACGAGUGGGGCACGGCAUUAUUGAGACACCUGCAAAUAUGAAAUAAAUGAAAUACCACUUUAAGAGUUCCAGGAUUGAUUACCGAGACCAAGUUAUUUUGAAUUAACAUUUCUUAGACUCACAUUGCUUUGUAAUUACAUGCUCCCUAUAAUGGCUCAUUUACACCUAAUGGCUUUCUCUGUUUUCCCCCGUCGAGCAUUUCACGUUACCUAUCAAAUAAUUUUCAGCAUUUAUAUACGUUUCAAUUAUAACUAGAAUAUUCUAUAUAUUUAUUUGUGUUAAAAUUUGAGUGUAUAUUUCAUUAUCUAUAUCUGUAUUCGGAACAGUCCAAUUCGAUUAUUAUAUUACAAUAUAUAUACUAGUUGACAAUUAACCCCACAUAA